AAUGCGAGCAGCAGCCAUCUCCACGCCAAGGUUAGACAAAAUGCCAGGAAUGUUCUUCUCUGCUAAUCCAAAGGAGUUGAAAGGAACUGGCCAUUCACUUCUAGACAACACAACUCAGAAAAAGAGGCCGAAGACUUUUGGAAUGGACCUGAAAGCAUACUUGAGAUCUAUGAUCCCACAUCUGGAAUCUGGAAUGAAAUCUUCUAAGUCUAAGGACAUACUUUCUGCUGAUGAAGUAAUACAAUGGUCUCAAUCUCUAGAAAAACUUCUUGCUAACCAAACUGGUCAAGUUGUAUUUGGAAAUUUCCUAAAGUCUGAGUUCAGUGAGGAGAAUAUUGAGUUCUGGCUGGCUUGUGAAGACUAUAAAAAAACAGAGUCUGAUCUUUUGCAUUGUAAAGCAGAGAAAAUAUAUAAAGCAUUUGUGCAUUCAGAUGCUGCCAAACAAAUCAAUAUUGACUUUCACACUCGAGAAUCUACAGCCAAGAAGAUUAAAGAACCAACCCCCACAUGUUUUGAUGAAGUCCAAAAAAUCAUAUACACUCUGAUGGAAAAAGACUCCUAUCCCAGGUUCCUCAAAUCAGAGAUUUACCUAAAUCUUCUAAAUGACCUACAAGCUAAUAGCCUUAAGUGA